CUGAACGUUCACGUAACGCUGUUCUCUACCAAGUGAUCAAACGUACUUCGUUUUCACUUGAUGCGCUAUCCACGAGACUCAGGCUGCAUAACGGUCUCAUAGCGAGUAUUUCAUGGAUAGAAAGCGAGGCGUAGCAACGCGCCCUGCCGCUUCCGAAGAAAUUGAGUUCUGGAACCACGCCAGAACGUCUUUGUUAACGCUGUCCAGUAUAUACACCAAUCCUGCCACUGCAGAAACAAUCGGUCGUGUGAACCGGCUGAUCUCCGCGUGGCCAAGUGACGACACUGUGCCGUCCGAGGGUCUGGACGGUGUCAAGACGAUAUAUAAAAAACUGAACACAGGACUAAAGGAUAUAGAAACAGCAUCUAAUAAUGAAGUCAAAGCGAUCGACCAAACCCUAGAUCAGAUUGGUAUACUCAUUGCUCUGAGGCAAGCUACAGAAACCGCCGCGGACAAACGAAAUAAGCGGCCUAAUAGAGGUCCGUCACCGUCUUCGACUCCUACCCCAGCAGGUGUUCCUCCCGCGUCUGGCACUACGCGUGGUGUUUCAAUUACUCUACCGCCUCGGAACUCUGCUGGAACCCCGCUCUCGGUCGCCGUUUCCCGUGAGAAAACCCGCAGGGAGGGUAUAGCCCGACAAUUACCCCUUCGAGAAGGCCGAACUAUUGCGUUUCACCCUCCUCCUAAACCUAUCAAAGACGCUGACCAGAGCGAUUGGAUACUUGCUGUCAUCACGAGGUGUAUUAACGCCGACAAGCACAAGUAUGAAGUCCGAGAUGUCGACGACGAGAAUACAGAGACGUACCCUACGACGCUGAAAUCGAUUAUUCCUCUCCCGGAUCCAAAUGCACCUACAGGGACCCCGGAGAGUAUCUCCGUGUGUCCCGAGUACGGCAAGGGAACUAUCGUGCUGGCCCUUUAUCCUGACACAAGCUGUUUCUACCGGGCUGAGGUAGUUACUCCUCCCCGGGACAUGCAACCAACCGGACGGUCGUAUUUGCCCACCUACGAGCUAAAAUUCGAAGACGACGAAGAGCAAUCUCAAAUAAUAAGUGCGCAAUACGUCGUCGAGUUUCCUAAGGAUUAGGAUUAUUUACAGUUUUACGAUUUAUGUUGCAUUGUAUCAUCAUUGUAGGUAGGAUACCCUUUUUUGGAAUUUGAUGGGCCAAUGGCGUUGUUGGGCCCCUGGUGUAAAUAUCUG